AUGGCUGUGAGACCCCGCUGCUUUCUGGACAUUAGCAUCGGCGAUGAGCUCGAGGGAAGGAUCGUCGUUGAACUGUACAAUGACGUAGUCCCACGAACCGCAGAGAAUUUCAGGGCCCUUUGUACUGGAGAGAAAGGUGAUGGUCCCAACACUGGCGUCCCUCUCCAUUACAAGGGCUCCCAUUUUCACCGAGUUAUUAAAAGCUUCAUGAUACAAGGUGGUGAUAUUUCCGCGGGUGAUGGUACGGGAGGGGAGUCUAUAUAUGGAUUGAAAUUCGAGGAUGAGAAUUUUGAACUGAAGCAUGAGAGGAAGGGCAUGCUGUCCAUGGCAAAUGCAGGGCCCGACACCAACGGCUCCCAAUUUUUCAUAACUACGACACGGACUUCUCAUCUGGAUGGGAAGCAUGUUGUGUUCGGGAGGGUCGUCAAGGGCAUGGGGGUCGUUCGAUCGAUUGAGCAUGUGGGCACUGGCGAAAACGACCGGCCGAUGGUCGAUGUCGUGAUUACCGACUGUGGUGAGAUUCCGGAAGGGGCGGAUGAUGGGAUUUCAAAUUUUUUCAAGGAUGGUGAUUUGUAUCCCGACUGGCCAGCUGACCUUAGUGAGAAUUCUGAUGAGCUCUCGUGGUGGAUUACAGCUGUGGAGUCUGUCAAGGGAUAUGGUAAUGAACAUUUUAAGAAGCAAGACUAUAAAAUGGCCCUCCGGAAGUACCGUAAGGCCAUGCGUUAUCUGGAUACUUGCUGGGAGAAAGAUGGCAUUGAUGAAGAGAAGAGUGAGUAUUUGAGGAAGAUGAAGUCACAGAUAUUCACCAACAGCUCCGCUUGUAAACUGAAACUAGGAGACCUGAAAGGAGCACUGCUGGAUGCCGACUUUGCAAUGCGGGAUGGUGAAAACAAUGCAAAAGCAUUAUUCCGUCAGGGCCAGGCACACGUGGCUCUGAAUGAUAUUGAUGCUGCUGUUGAGAGUUUUAGGAAGGCAUUGGAAUUGGAACCAAAUGAUGGUGCAAUUAAAAAGGAACUUUCUGCGGCGAAGAAAAAGAUUGCUGAUAGACGAGACCAGGAGAGAAAAGCAUAUGCCAGGAUGCCUUUUUCUUUUGUUUUGAUGCGCUCAAUUUACUUGAAGGGGCUCAGCUAUGAACUAGAUACUUGGUUGCUGGAGAAACUGGCAGCUGAUGAUAGUGUAUUGGUCACAACCCCUUCUGGUUGA